AUGAAGGUCCAUACCAUCAACAUUGCUUUCCUCCUGGCCAGCUCGGUCACGGCAGACUUCCUGUCAGCCAAGUCCCUGGACUCAGGAGAGAACGUUGAACUUGGAGAACUCGAAGACAUCAACGACUUCUAUACGCUGUUCCGCCACCCGGAGGGUAGGAACGGCUCCUAUGAAUGGGUUGAUGUCACCGAGUACGAGACUUUGGAUGACGAAGCAACCCUCGGUCAGAGCGUCAAUCCCUCGACCACCACGGCGAGAGGCCUGGUCCCCCGGGAAGACAUCUGCACGGAUCUGACGGGCAUCACCAAGAACAUCUGCGACAACGUACCCAGCCGCUAUUGGUUCUGGGGAACCGGAGGAGCGAUUUUGAUCUACUAUUUGCCAAGAUUAAUGGAGACCUGGUUAAACGAUGUAGCCAAAGCCGUCCAAGCGGGCCGGGACUUGCGUCAAGUGUGGAGAGACGGGUCGACCGGUCCGAAUGGUCUGGCAGGCCACAACGGACUCAAGCGUGCCCUUCCUCCUAGCCUGCAACAUGAAAUGGAAGUGAAAGUCCGCAAUGGGCCAACGGACUACCACUUCUCUCUUCCCUACCUGCUGGACAGCCAAGGACAGGCCGACGCUAGCAGCCUGCACAGGAGAAGUCUCGGGGAGGAGGAUGGCAUCGACACGGCCUUGACACACGAUUACGUGUUUAGUGAAGCCGACGAAACGCUCUAUUAUAAAGGAACGAAUGCUGUGUUUUCCGUGGGAGCUCCUGAUGCGAAUCUCCAGAACGGCACGUCGGUCCUCCGCAAACGAGCGACAACUGAUUAUACGAUCGUGAUGUCGAUUGUCAGACGCACCUCUGCAACUACCAAAGCGAAGCCGAGCUGCCUUGCCAAGCUACUUCGGUAUCAUAUCGACAGGAGCUCCGAGAAAAACCGCUUUGCCUGUCGUCCAAUUGAUAACAGGGGAAGUUGGCACGCGACUAUGCAUUUGAUGAUCAAUCAUGGCAAGAACAACCAGGGUAAAUAUGGAUAUUGCUGCUGA